AUGAAUACAUUAAUUAAUGAAAUCAAUCAAUCAGGUAAGUUUGGUGUUCCUCUUGAUAAUGAGAUACACUGGACUUUUGAUUGGUAUCAACCAAUAAAACCAACUAAUAAUAAUAGCAGCAAUAAUAACACCAAUAAUAAUGAUAAUAAUAUUCAAUCUGCAAGUGACUUGUUCUUUGGAGUCAAAGACCAUGAUGGGUCAAGAACAAAUUUAAAUAAAUCAAAUUCAAAUCUGUCGUUAGCCGAUAGUAUCGUCCAGCAAAAGCAGCAGCAUCAUAGUACUGGGAAUAUGGAAGAUGGUUCAGUCGACAAAUAUCCAUUUGGUUUGAAGACUUGGUUGAAAUCAGCAAAUAGUGACUUCGAAAUAUUUAACUUUGAAGAAAAUAAUACUUUGAAAGCAUUGGAUUUAAAUAAGUAUGAUAGAGCACAAAGACUAAUCGAUGGUAAAGAUCAAAGAAUGAUUGCUUUAGAGAAAAACAAAAGAGUCAAGGAAGAUGGCUUAACUGAAAAGGAUAUUAGAGGUGCUGUUACAAAUGCAGGUUCUAUCCCAGGAUUAUCAAGUAGUACAGAUAGUAAUAAAAUAAUCACUACUAACACUACUGACACUAACACUAACACUAACACUAAUAAAUCUGAUGAAAACAGUGAGAUUACAGAUGAUAAUGACAAUAAAGCAGAUAAACAAAAUGAUUCAAAUAAACAAUUAGCAGACAACAUUAUUCCAAGUGACCGUGAGACAUCAAAUGAUGUAAAGGAAACAUCACCAGUGCAAGCUUCUAAUGCAAUGACAAAUGAAACACAGUCUGCAGAAUCAUCAGAUAAUGUAAAAACAACAAUUGAUAAUUCUGUAAAGACAGAUAAAGAAGGUGAUAUUGAAAUGAAAUAG